CUGGAGCCGGACGGUAUGGAGGUGUUUGGUAUUAGUCUUGGCUUUUUGGCGACGGGGUUGGGUGGGAUGGGGCCAGAGUUUAUGAGAAAGAUUUGGGCGAGAGAGCUGCACUUAAGUGGUGAAUCGAUCAGGGAUGCUGUAGAGGGGAGGAGAGAUGAGGAUGCGAGGAGAGUUGUGAAUAAAGACGGGGUGCAACCUUAG